AGGGCAAAUCCAGGGCUCCUGGGGGUAGGGUCAGCGGCUCUUUGCCUCUGUGUUCCCAGUAGCUCCCUCCUAUGGGCCCUCCCACGUUGGACCUCCAGGUGGCGCCUUUCUUGAUAGGCAUUCACCUGUCAUAGAUGGUGGGGCAGUUGCCUGGCAACCGAAGGUGGGCCUUCCAAACAAUUGGGACCCCGAGCCUCUGCGUACAGGGUUGUGUGCGACUGCGCCGGCCACCCGUUCCUCCCAGGAGCUUCUCAUUUUACCAUGCCUCCCACCCGAGACCCUUUCCAGCAGCCUAUGCUGAACAACGAUGAUUCCCUCCCGGGGAAAGCCGGGGCUCCUAAGAUCCUGACGCAUAAGAACCCAGCUCACCUUGAUCAGCAGCGGGGACCCUGGAAUCGGCUCAACUCAGUUCCCACCAUCACCUCCAUUAGGCGGAAUACUUUUUUUUUUGACUCUGAGGUUAUCCCGAAGGAUAAUCUGGAUUUCCGCUUAGCUGCCUUGUACAACCACCACACGGGGGCGUUCAAGAACAUAAACGAGGCCCUGAUCCACAGGGAGACCUCUAAGGACAUCCACCGGAUCAUCAAAAUCCAACCCCCUGGAGAACACUUACCCCCUGCCCCGCCACCGCCCAUCACUUCCCGAGCUGACAUCAGACAGUGGAUCAGCCCUAAGCGGGAGUCCAUCUACAGCAUCCAGGGCUCCAUAGUGUCCCCUCACUCUGCAGCCACCAACGGAGGCUACUCCCGCAAGACGGACGGUGGCUUCUUCUCCACCUGAUGCUGACAGGCCCCCGGAUUGAUUAAUCGAUGGGACAGCCUGCUGCCCACCUCCAUUAAAAACAUUUGUGCACGGUGAA